CCUUCCUUCCGAGGUACAAAAGGGGUCAAUCACAAUGAAAAAGCCACGCAAACCACAGCGACCGAACAAACAACAUGUAUGAUUUCACAAGCCGCCCGCUGAAACCAAAGCCUUUUGCCCUGUCGUCAGGGGCGAGGUUUCAUCAACCUCAGUACCUCACCCUCCUCUCCCGGAGAGCCUCUCGCCUCCGCUCCGCUCCUCUGCCCUGCCCUGCCCUUCCCCGCCACACCAACCAAGGCGCCAAAAAUAAACGCCGCGCCACUGCGUGGCGAGGGAGCCUGUCACAUUGCUUGCCGCUGCGCCCUGCCGCCUCGUCUUCGCGGAGGCCUCGUCGCGCGACGAUAUGGAGCUCGCCGAGGCGCCGGCGCCCGUGCCCGACGAGGACGGGCUGGACGAACGCGGCGUGGCGCUGCACCUCCCGAGGCUGCUGGCCGGCGUCGUCUCCGGCGCCCUCACUGGCAUCUUCGCUCUCGCUGGAGCUCUGACCGGGGCAGUCACCGGCGCGGUGGCGGGCAGGGCUUCCGACAGCGGCGGCGUCCUGCGGGGAGCUGGACUGGGGGCGGUCGCCGGAGCUGUCCUCUCCAUUGAGGUCCUUGAGGCUUCUCGCGCUUACUGGUGCUCGUCGGACCGGCUGGGCUCGCACGGCGGAGCAUCGUCCAUGGCUGAUUUCAUUGAGCAGCUUCUUCGUGCCCGGUUUGUGCAAGAGCAAUUUACUGCUUCAGGAUAUGCAUCAUAUCGCUGGCAGCUCAGCAUAUCAUAUUUUGGUCAGGAUGACCUAUACGACAUCUUUGGGGACAUUUCAUCUGAAGGGCUCUCGCAAGAGUCACUGAAGAAACUACCACAUCAUGUGGUCAGUGACCACCAGACGCGGGACUUACUCGGCGAAAUCCUGUGUUGUCCUAUCUGUCUACAGGUACGGUCUGAGCAAGCGCGAUCCUACCACUACAGAGUAACUGUCAAAGAAACCUUCUGCCACAAUGCAUGUAUACAGUAUGCACUUUGUUUACGUUCAAAUAAGAGAGAGAAAACUAUAUGCUAAAAAGUAAGUAAUCAGCAAUUUUCUAGGCUACAACUGGUUUCUUCAAAAAUGGUUUCCGAGCGAGAUAGUAGAUGAGACCAUGAAUGCAAGUCCAGGCGCACGCAAUGGUUGGACAACGAGACAAUGAAUGCAUGGUUGGAGUGCAAUCAGAGAUUUCAUACCGAAAUUUGUUUGCUACUAAAUGCAGCGUCUGGCCUUGGCUGGCACCUUUUUUCUUCUUCUUCUUCUUAUUAUUAUUAUCAACGCCGACGGCCGACCUAAUGGCUAGCGUCCUUCGUCUUGCCGCAGGACAUUGUGGCCGGUGAGACAGCGAGGAGGCUGCCCGGCUGCUCUCACGCCUUCCACCAGCCUUGCGUGGACAGAUGGCUCGUCGGCCAUGGCUCGUGCCCCGUCUGCAGGCAACGCGUGUAAAAGAUAUAUAGGCGACCUGUGUCUGUGUACGUAGAUAGACGUGGAGUGAAGAGAAACGACCGUGCGCAUCUGGCAAUCUCACUUCGUUUCUUGCACCCCGGUUCCAACAUGUAAUGGCAAUGGAAUAAGAUUGCUGUCGGAGCAGUUCCUGUUUCUGUAGAA